AUGGAAGCAAGCAUAUCGUAUUCUGCUAACCCCGUAGUAGACCCAACUACUUUGGUAGGCACCAUUGAGGACACAACGCACCUUUGGGUGAACAUGCGUUCCGGUGUGAAGGACGGUGAGGCUGUCCAAGGGUACGAAGCUGUUGUGCUGUUCCACCCUACUUCUGGUAGAAUCGCUAGACCAGUGAGUACUCCGGAAGCGAUCGGCCACCUCAUGUUACCGAAGGAAGAAGACCGAGUGUCAAUUGACGCAGUGCAGUCCGGUCACGCCACGCCCGAGUCUCUUGGAUCCUUCACCCCAUACGAGGCCGGAGACUCAACUAAGAACUACAAACUCAUUGCGAAGAUGCUCGACGGCUUCACAGGCCCGGUGCUUGGUCUGGAGAACCACUACGAAGGAGGCCACUACAACUUCGACCCCAGCUUUCCGGUCUGGAAUGCUUCAGAAGUACGGACGGGUCUCUAUAACGGCGUCUACAGUGGAGCUGCCGGGUUCACGUACGGUGCCAACAGCGUGUGGCAAAUGUACGAGCCCGCCGCUGAUCUUCUUCGUGCCAGUGACUAUUACGAACCUUCGGUGAACCAAAAUGUGUCGGGCUCGUGGCGUCGCGAUAUCUUCUUUGAAGGCGCCACGCAGAUCCAGCACGUCACCAAGCCUCUGCAAAAUCUUACCAUAGAACAACUCGAGCUUCUGGAGCCUGGUCGUCAGCUUUUGGCCAGCCCCAACGGACAUACAGACGUGGCUGUGAAUGCAUACGAUGCGUUGAAAACUAACGAUCGGUACUACGUGUACACUGGUCACGGAGGUUCCUUCAGCCUGAACCUGGGCAAUGGAUUGGCUCGCUCGGGCACAGCCCGUUGGUUCUCUCCACGCGACGGAGAAUACUACGCCGACUCAGUGGUGGAUGUGAACGCCAACAACGCGUUUAUUGACUUCAUCCCUCCUUCGGGAGGUGGUGUUGACAAUGCCUGGCUGCUCGUCCUGGAGUCCUCGGAUUUAGAGGCCAGAUACAUGUAA